AUGGAGAGACAAUGCGGGACGUCCAAGGAGCUGUUCAGCGAGGAAGAGCUGCGAGAGAUAAGUGAGGUCAUUGUGGGAGAUGAUCACGUGGAGGUCAUGUGUGGCUGCACCAGCCACCGUUACGGAGACGCCAUUGCUAGGCUUAGGGUUUUCUCCGAUGGAGACCUCCAAAUCUCCUGCCAAUGCACUCCCAAUUGCCAUGAAGACAAGUUAACGCCUGCUGCCUUUGAGAAGCAUUCUGAGAGAGAAACCUCGAGGAACUGGAGGAACAACGUGUGGGUCUUCAUUGGGGGAGACAAGGUUCCGCUUUCAAAGACAGUGCUGCUCAGAUACUACAACCAAGCUCUGAAGAACUCCAACGGAUCCAAAGGUGUCACCCAUCGGGACGAGUUUGUCAGGUGCAGCAAAUGCAGGAAGGAGAGGAGGUUCAGGCUGAGAAGCAGAGGGCAAUGCCGGACGCACCAUGAUGCAAUGGCUGAUCCCAAUUGGAAGUGUUGCGAUUAUCCAUACGACAAGAUAACAUGCGAGGAGGAGGAAGAGAGAGGGAGUAGGAAAGUUUACAGAGGAUGCACUCGUUCUCCGUCUUGCAAAGGCUGCACUUCCUGCGUCUGCUUCGGCUGCAAACUCUGCCGUUUCUCUGAUUGUAACUGCCAGAAUUGCCUCGAUUUCACCACCAACACCCAACCCAUUUGA